AUGGGAGGUUGCGUUGAUCUUGACGAGCGACGUAGAAGGAAGAGAGGCAGGGUGAGUCAAUACACCGAGGAGGAGAUUCACCAUUAUCUUGUGAAGAAAGCCCAAAGAAAGGCAGCCAAGGUAGCUAAGAAGCUGAAACCACAGUUGGUCUCGGGCUAUUCAGACGACAGCAAUCCUUUCGGAGACUCCAACUUGACUGAGAAGUUUGUGUGGCGGAAGAAGAUCGAACGCGACAUUGCGAGUAAGACUCUGAACUUGAAAGAUAUCUCCGUGAAAGCUGAAAGGGUGCGCCAGGAGGAACAGAUGAAGGAAAUCGAGAAGGUUAAGAAGAAACGGGAAGAGAGAGCCAUGGAGAAAGCAAAGAACGAGGAAGAGAAAGCCAUGCUAGCAAGAGAAAGAGCAAGGGCAGAGUUCCAAGACUGGGAGAAAAAGGAAGAAGAGUUUCUUUUCCACCAACGGCAAGUCCGUGCCGAGAUACGCAUCAAGGAGGGCCGAGCCACGAAGAUUGAUCUUCUAUCCAAGCUCGACGACUUGAGGAUGGCCGAGCCUUACCACAUCUUCAAGGGCCUUAGCGUGAAAGAAAUGGAGAAGCUACAUGAAGAACUUCGCUUGCAUUUGGAGCUGGACAGGAAAAAUACCGAGUUCUGGGAGGCCAUGACGGUUGUCUGCGACUCAGAGCUAGCAGAAAGACGAAAGAGAGAAGCUGGAGCUUGCGGUGGAGAGGAUAAUUUGGUGCUCGACGAUGCUGGACUCCAUACCAGCAUUGAUCUAGACGUAAACACUCUCCUCCAAAACAUGACCUCGAGUCAACUCCAGGAAGAGCAAGCAAAGAUAGAAGAAAAAUUAAGAUCUGGAUCAGCCAAGAUCGUCGAGUUCUGGGAGUCCGUCCUAAAGAGAGUGCACGUCUUCAAAGCCAAGGCACGGCUCCGAGAAAUAGCCAUGGAUCUAGCGCAGCAGCACCACGAGAUUUCAAGCGAGAAAGUAGAGGAAGCGAUGGCUCCUCGCUCUCCUGAGCCGAUUCCUCGUCAAGCGGUUCGAGGAGAUGGGAUUCCAGAGUUUGAGAGAGCAGAGCUGGGAAAGGUAGAAGACGGCCAUGCUGAGUUUGGCUCCGGGGCGGAAGUCAGUGUGGAAUCUGAUCACGUAAACCUGUGGCGUGACAAGUACAGCCCACGAAAGCCUAAGUACUUGAACAGGGUCCAUACGGGAUACGAGUGGAACAAGUACAAUCAAACGCACUACGAUCACGAUUCUCCGCCACCAAAAACUGUCCAGGGAUACAAGUUCAACAUCUUCUACCCCGAUUUGAUCGACUGCACGAAGGCACCAACGUUUGCCAUCGAGAGAGACGGGAUCAGUGGCGAUACUGCCAUCAUCAGAUUCACUGCGGGUGCUCCAUACGAAGAUAUUGCGUUUCGCAUCGUCAACAAGGAGUGGGAGCGCUCCCCCAAGAACGGAUUCAAGUGUACAUUUGAGCGAGGUAUCCUCUGCGUUUACUUCAAUUUCAAGCGAUAUCGCUACAGGAGAUGAUGGAAGGCUGAUUUUGUAAAAAGUGUCCAGCGCUAUCAAAUUUGUGUAACGAA